AUGUUUAUCCUCUGGGGUUUAGUUCCGAGUGAUAAAAACGAUAAAAACGAUGCAAAAACGGCUAGUGAUAGAAAAGAGAAAGUAAGACGAACGAAUUCCAAGAAGAGUAAGCUGAGGGAAAGAUCAGGUUUUGAAUAUCAUGAAGUAAAUCCAUAUCUGUAUUCGUCCAAGGAUCUAAAAUUCGUUAGCGUCGCGUCUUUUAGCCGUAUAAACGCACAUCGAUUUGUUGUCCAGAAGAAAAUCGACAGUCUGCUUAAAAUGGCUUACGAUAAUCAACAUUUUAAUAUUACUGCACUGGAGUGGCCUUUUUGUCCAGCAUUGAAAAUGACUGCAGAAGCAAAGGCAAUAUUGGCAGAAGAUCAAAAUUUAUUGAAAUUAAUAUUUGAUUUAAAAAACGACACCAAAGUUUCGCGAGCUGAAUUGGAGCCUGUAAUGCUUAGUCAGCAAUCUUGUGGCACAAUGAAUAUUCAUAUGUUGGGGCAUGCGACGGCAACUAUAGGAAUGACACGGGGUGGUCGAGAAGGUAUAAACGCCUUAUUAAAUGAUGAUUUUAUUACAACUCGACAUGUUUCCGAGCUACUUCAAGUAUUUAUUCGAUGCAAUAUAUCGUUCACCACACUAUCUGCCAUCAAAUUUUAUUACAGUCUUAAUCUUGCGAAAAAUAUUUAUCGAGCAGUACGUUAUGGUCAUCGUCAGCUAGCUGCAAACAUGAUUGAAAGUUUUGCCAAAUACAAUUUUAACGAUUUACACAUUUUAACGUUAAAGAAUAAUUCGGAACCAUUAAAGAAAUUCACGCCAAUUUCGGUCACCAAAAAGGGACGACUCAAUCGAAAUAUUACUCCAUUGCAUACAGUUGCAAUAAAUCCUAAUGUUAAUUAUCUGGAAGCACUUCUAGCAACUGGACAACAGUGUGAACCUGAUUUAGAUGGGUGGGAUUUGAUUCAUUAUGCUGCAGUAUGUGAAGGUCCUGGGCCAUUAAAGCAUUUAUUGAGUUUGGGUGUUUCUCCUCUCGGGCUAACUAAAAAAAAACAGUUGCCGUUACACUGCGCUGUUCGAGCAGGCCGAUUGGAAAAUGUUGAAAUUCUGAUUGAAGCAAUGCAAAAUCUCGAUGAAUCGAUACAUUCGGAGCAAAUGCAGAGUGGAAGGAUGCGAUCACAGAAACAUUCUCAGUCAGCAUUACAAGAAAUAAAAGAACAAAAACAAUCCAUCAAUAGAAAUGUGUCAUCUUUUCUAAAUGCAAAAAUUUCAUCAGGGAAGACAGCACUGUACAUAGCUGCUUCUAGAGGCCAUGUGAAAAUUGUUGAAGCACUUCUAAAUGUUUCGACUGUAAUGGUAGAUAUUCAGACCUCAGCUUCCAAGAAAAAACUUACACCGUUGAUGAUUGCAUGUGCUAGAGGAUAUCUUGAAGUCGCCAAUGUAUUAAUAGACAUGGGUAUGGCUGCUGUCGAAAAAGGUGAUAAAUUAAAGAGGACUUCGCUUAGUCAUGCUGUCAUAAAUGGACAGGUGCACGUUGUUGCAAUGUUGUUACGUCGAGGUUGCAAUCCUCUUCUUGGAGAUUCUUCAGGGAAUGCUCCUGCUCAUUAUGCUGCUGCUUUUGGAUGGUUAGAAUGUUUAAUACUGCUCGCGAAAGCUGACGCUAAUUCCUUAUCAGCCAAAAAUGAUUGGCAUUUGACGCCGUUUUCUAUAGCAUAUAUGAAAGGUAUUUCUUAUUCAUAUUUAGUUGAGAUAAAGUUGUCGUUUUUUGGAGCUGUUCAAAGUCUUUUGUUGUAUUCCUUAGCAACGAAGGGCUAUUUACAUUUUUUAGGACAUUAUGGUAUCGUGGAAUGGCUUGUUGAUGGACCAUAUUCCAAUUAUGUUGAUAUAAAUUCUCGUGAUUAUUCUGGGGCUACUCUGCUUAUUUCGGUAAUCAAAUCAUACUGUUCUUUCACUGACAAAAGGAUCCUUGCGCAGUUGCAGUUUCUCAUCGGAAAAGGUGCUGACUGUUCAUUGAAAGAUUCCUCAUCAUAUUCGCCACUGCAUUACUUUUGCACUGUGAGUUAUCAGCUGAAGGUCGAAAAUUCUGAUGUUGAUUUCAAUAAGGAAGCAAAUGAGGAACGAUUAACCAAGGAUGAGUAUCGCUCUUGUUUCAAUUUGCUCAUUGCGAAUAGUAUGGAUUUGUUUGCUGAAAAUAAAGGUAAUGCACUAUAUUUGGCAGUGAAUUCCGGAAAUUUAUAUCUUGCUGAGCUUAUUUUCGAUGAGAUUGUAUUGCAAGAUUCAGCAUUUCAUUCGUUAAAAUUCGAAUCAUCAGUUUUUUUCUUCCACUCACUUAUUUCAUUACCAUUUAAGAUCUAUAAUAACAGGUCGUUGUGGUCUUGUUAUAAGGAACCUGCAGAAGGACAGUACAACAUAAUUCCGCUGUUGGACAAGUUGAUAUUACAUGAUGAAGAAAAUGUUCGUCAAUGGUUGUGGGAAAAAAAUCAAAUUGGGCUGACACCUUUAUUGCUUCUUUGCCGCGAAUAUUUGUCUGCUCAAAAUAAAAUUUGCAGCCAUGAAGAGGAUAUAUUUUGUGGAAGAUUUGUGAAUACAAUUUGUGAUGUUGUACAUCGCCUGAUUUCGUUGGACUCGCGAAUCAUAUUUCAAAAUGACACAUUUGGCAUAAGUGCUACCUCUUACAGUGCAGUCGAUAAGACAGUACAAAAUAAGGUGGAAUACGAUCAUAAAGUUGAAUUGUUAAAUCAGUCUGACAACGAUGGUUACACUCCUUUAUUACGCAUGGUCAGUUCUAAUAAUCUGUCAAUGAGCAUGUAUCUGUUACAUAUGGCGCAUUCAGUUAUAUCUGAAGAAUCUGAAAAUAAAGUGGAUUCUGCAGCAGUAAAAUUUCGCUAUUGUCCGAAAACAAAGCGUUACUUUCCAUGGAAUAAAUCAGUUUUGAUGUUCGCUGUAGAGAAUGGCAUGAUUGAACUGAUCGAAGAAUUAGUUCUAACGAGCGCGGAAUGGAACGCACAUACGGGAUGUGGUGACAAUGCUUUCCAUUUUGCAGCAAAAUUUAUUUCUUUGAAGUCAGCUGCUCUUUACGAGUUAUUAAAAAGAAAAGGAGUAGAACUGAAGGCUAACGAAGAAGGACGAUAUCCUUUACAUAUAGUUGUUGCGUCAUUGUCUAAAACUAGUGUGGAUAUUUUCACUGAGCCACUUGAUUGGUUUUUAAAUAACGAAAAGGGUAUCUUUGACAGUGACAAAAAUGGUUGCUUGCCACUUCAUUAUUGUUUUAUUCCAUUGAAACGGAAUAUUUCUAAACAAGACAGCAUCGAUCCAAUUUCUAUACUCACAGUAUUACUUUCUGCGAUGCAGAGCAAAAAUAUGAUUGAUAAAGCUGAUGAUUGGGGUUUUACAGCUUUGCAUUAUGCUGCAUUGUUUGGAGCAAACAUUUGCAUUGUCAGCUUACUGCAAGCCGGGGCAAAUCAGAAUCUGUUAAAUAAUGAUGGCAAUACUCCUUUAGCUCUUGCUGUACAUUUCACAAAAAAUGAAAAGACAAGUAAUAAUCAAAUGAACAAGUGGAUUUGGAUCCCACUAAGGACAGCAGCUGAAGGUCAAAAACCAGUAGCUACCAUUCCUAGUUUAAUAGUGCGUAAUGAAUGGCAAGGAGUAGUCUAUGUUUUAUUAAUUGUUAUGGGUAAAAAUGUACAUACGACUGGUUGCUUCGUUCGUGCUGCGUUAGAAUAUCGAAAAUAUAAUUUCGCGCAAACGAUGUUGGAAAUGUUUUACAAUCUACUAAAAGUUGAGCAGGUUGACAAAGCACUGUUUGUUCUGGAUGAGCUGGAUUUUUUUAAAAUAUUUGUCGAGAACUUAAUCAGCGGUUCAGUUGACGAAAAUAUAAUGAAACUUAUGAAGAGUUUGUUACAAUUCGGUUGUAAGUGGUAUAACCGACAAAAUGAUCUUUACCAGAGUAGUGUUAUAGAAUGUCUUGCAUCUCGUGGCUAUUUUCAGUUUUUACAUGCUUUACAUGACUUAGAUCAGAAGACAGCUCAUCCCGUGUGGAAUUCGAUAAAUUACGAAUUAACUAAAGAUAAUCCUUUAGUUGGUGUCAUCGAAACAUGGAUAAAAAAUGUUCAAUUUUAUUGUUCAGGAUCAGAUAAUGACACAAAGUACUGGUUAAAGCAUUUUGCUGCCAAGUUUGGAAUAAACUCGUUAAUGCAGUAUAAACGGCCUGCAUUUUAUGGCAUGUAUCCCUGUUUGCCGAAACAACCAGUUCCAGAAUUUUGCUACAUGACACCUCUGAUUCGUGCUAUUCAAUGUUCAAACACUUCGCUUGUUGAUGAAAACUGUAAUGCAUAUAGGUUUCUUUUGCGAGAAACGGAUUUGAAAACAGAUGUAAAUAAAGCAGACGAAUUGGGCAUAACACCGUUAAUGCAUGCAUGUAUGGUCAAUUCCGAAGAAAUUAUUUUACUUUUGUUUAACCCGGACAGUUUGGAACAAGAAAGCAUAAGACAACAAAAAUCUAUUCCAAAUUCGAGUGGAACUUCUGUUUGGCUUUUACUCAUUGGCAAAUAUUUUAAUGGUUGUAUUGUUCGACCAAAGUGUGUGUUCAAUAAAAAUUUUCUCCAGACAUCUCUGGCAUGUACCAGUGUUGGAAUUGGUGGUUUAUUUGGUGGUUUUGGGAAUUACAGUGAUGCGAUAAUGCAUGAUGAUUGUGUUAAUGAUCGCCAACCUUUAUCCAGGAAGAGAAAAAUUAAGGAAAAGGAAAUAAAUCCUGUACGAAAGUUUGAUCUUCAGUCCAGCUUGAAUCUUUUCAAACAAACAAAUGCUGUAAUCGAUGGUUUGGCUAAUGUUGGAACAAGAAAUUUUGUUCAUUUUAUGUUAGAACCAUGUGGAUGGCAAAAUACCGAUUUAUUACAAGCAAUAGGUGAAAGCAAUCCAGAAAUCAAAAGUUUAAUCAAGCAGUCAUCAUCACAAGACACAAAUGCUUCACCAUUACACAUUGCUCGUGAACGUCAUCAAAUACGUAUGCUUGAAACGAUGAAAGCAUUAUGUCGAUUCGACAAUAGUGAUUUCCGUGCCGAAUAUCCACCUAUUGAUGUGAGCUCCAUAAAAACAAGCUAUGAUAUUGAUGGAGAUUGUGAACUUUUCCUUUCAAGUGAUGCUGAAGGACGUCAAAAGCAAAUGAAGCAUGAAUUUAUGAAAUCUUUUUUGAAACCUCAUAAAAAUAGUGGUUAUGACGAAACUGGAAAAAUUUGCUUCAAACCGUUGGAAGACUCUGAGCCAGUUCCUUAUAAGGUUAUAUUCCUAUUUGCUUUUAUCUUGUUGGAGAGAAAAAAUGAUAUAAUUAAAAAAAUUGGAGAUGCAACUGGACAGUAUCAGCGGACACCAUUCAGUACACUGGAUGAAGCAGAUAAAGAGUUUACAAAUAUAUUUCGAUCGAAAACUGGAAAUGAAUUUAUGAAUAUUAAAAAUUUCAUUGAAAAACCAACAAAAUAUAGGAAAAUGAAAGAUAUCACUGAUGUUGUCAUGCUUUACAGGCUAGUGAAAGUAAAUUCUGAUACGUCUGGCGAUAUUGCUGAUCUAAAAAUUGAUCUUGAUAAAUCCAGUGCUAUUGAUUAUGAAGCUGCCAAAUGUUCGACCUAUCAAUUAAUAAAAGAUAUCAGUGAUGUUAAGCGACUACAAAAGCGAACUAGAAUGAUCUGCCACAUAAAGCGUUCUCGAGUUCCUUUCGGGUGCAUUUGUCGAUCAGAUUUAUUGAAGGCUCAGAAUUUACUUCUAAAGCUUCGAAAUUUAAAUAAAGAAAUGCGAAAUUGCUAUGAGAUGUCUGAAAGUCCAGAAACAGUACUGAAAAUUUUUCAAGCACAGUCGGAAACAACGAAUGAAUUUUAUAAGUUAGUAUUUGAUAUACUGAUGCCAUUAGGUGGCUUCGAAAAUAGUGCUCUGGGAGUAAUUGAUAACGAAAGUAGUUGUGAAAUUUUUGAAAAAGUGAUUGAAGGUUUGCUUCAUAUGGAGAUAGCGGGUAAAAUUGUAACGGCAGCUGCAUUCAAUAUGAAUCACAUCGAUCCGUAUAUGUAUAUCACAAAUGCCUUGGAAUGUAAAUUAAGUAUGCUUGAUCCAGAUGAUUUAACAAGUCAGCGAAUACUGCAGUAUAUUCAUAUAUCGUCGGACUGUUCAGUAAGAGCUAUUUAUGAAAUCAAAAGUCGCGAAGCGGCUGAGCAAUUCAAUGCUCAUGCAUUACAUAUCAAGAAUCAUAGAUAUUUGUGGCAUGGGACAAAAUCGGAGAAUAUGUUGAGCAUAUUAAAAGUAGGUUUACUGCCAUCUCCAAGUUUUGUCGAACGAACUGGUCAAGCUUUUGGGCAGGGAAUCUACUUUGCUGAUUCAUUUGAGAAAAGUAGCGGUUAUAGUACAGCUUCAACUAGUGGCGUUAAAUACAUCAUGUUAUGCCAGGUUGCACUAGGUGAAAUAUUUUAUGGUGCUUCAUCACAACCUGUGCGUAACAAUGUUUGCGAUGAAUCGAGUCGUUAUCAUUCACUGAAGGUUGUUGGAUAUUGUGAACCAGAUCCGCAUUAUGAUUUGACUAUGGAAGAUGGUACCUUUUUUUAG